UCCCCAUGUUAUUUGAUCGCUAUGACUGCUUAUGGACAUGAAGCUGGUCAACCAAUAGAGUGCCUAAGCAUUGCAGUUGAAUUGCGUAAGGAGGAAAUUAUUGACCAAAACGGCCAAAAGGCUUUUAGAGUCGGUUUUAAGAUUGGAGGGGGUAUUGACCAGGAUCCUAAUCUAGCCAGUUUUAGAUAUCCUGACACUGGUAUUUAUAUAACUCAGGUAGAAGAAAAUUCGCCAGCAGAAAAAGCUGGCCUUAGGCGGCAUGAUAAAAUUCUACAGGUGAACGGCUAUGACUUCACAAUGGUCACCCACGAUAAAGCCGUUAAAUAUAUUAAGAAGUUUCCAGUGCUGCAUAUGUUGGUAGCUCGAAGUGACAUGUUCUGA